GAAACAAAAAAGAUAAACCAAAGCGUAAAACAACAAAAGACAACAGUCUCUCUCUCUCUCUCUCUACUUUCUCUCUCCUAAUGCAUUUUUGCUCUUGCUUAGGUUCGAUGGCCUAAUCUCUCUCUCUCUCUUUUCCUUUGGAGAAGACAUAGAUUUCAGAAUUUUUGGUGGUUGGAUCUCAAUUUGGCAAAUUCUAUAAUUCAACCCAAAAAACCCUAAUUUUCGAAGUAUUAUUAUUAUUUAUUUAUUGAUUUUGAUCUGAUCGGGAUCUGAGUAUGGCUUCGGCGAAGACAGCUCGGUCUAGAGGUACUCCGGUGAAAGAGAACGGUGCUAAGUUGGAAGAAGGUCUUAAUUUCUUCAAGUCUGAUAAAUUUGAUGCCCAGAACUACGUUCAAUCACGAUGCUCUCUUAACGAGAAGGAAAUAAAACAUCUAUGUUCAUAUCUUUUGGAUUUGAAGAAAGCUUCUGCUGAGGAAAUGCGUAAAAGUGUUUAUGCUAAUUAUACAGCUUUCAUUCGGACCUCUAAAGAGAUUUCAGAUUUAGAGGGGGAGCUUUCUUCUAUCCGCAAACUGAUGUCUACCCAAACUGCUUUAAUUCAUGGUUUAGCAGAAGGAGUUAACAUUGAUUCAUUAACGAAAACUGCUCCUGAUGGUUCAUUUGCGAAUUCUCCAUCGGCUUUUGAAGAUAAAGAACCUUCGGAUCUAGAGAAAUGGUUAGUAGAGUUCCCUGAUCUCUUAGACGUUUUGCUAGCUGAGAGGAGAAUAGAUGAAGCCUUGGCUUUGCUUGAUGAAGGAGAGCGUGUAGUUUCCGAAGAAAAAGAAACCAAGAAACUGAGUCCUGCUAUGCUCUCGUCUCUUCAGACUUCUAUAAUAGAGCACAGGCAAAAGUUGGCUGAUCAGCUUGCCGAAGCUGCUUGCCAGCCUUCUACACGUGGUAGUGAGCUUCGUGCUGCUAUUUCAGCUCUUAAAAAGCUUGGGGACGGCCCUCGUGCUCAUACAUUGUUAAUGAACGCACACCUCCAAAGAUAUAAAUAUAAUAUGCAAAGCCUUCGUCCUUCGAGCACUUCUUAUGGAGGAGCAUAUACUGCUGCCCUAUCACAGCUAGUAUUUUCCGCUAUUGCUCAAGCUGCAAGUGACUCGAUAGCCAUUUUUGGCGGGGAACCGGCAUAUACUUCUGAACUUGUGAUGUGGGCUACAAAGCAAACCGAAGCCUUUGCCCUUCUUGUUAAAAGACACGCGUUAGCUUCGUCAGCUGCUGCUGGGGGUUUAAGAGCUGCAGCGGAAUGUGUUCAAAUAGCAUUAGGUCAUUGUUCCUUGUUGGAGGCUCGUGGUUUGGCACUUUGUCCUGUGCUCUUGAAACUUUUUAGACCUAGUGUUGAACAGGCACUAAAUGCCAAUUUGAAAAGAAUUGAAGAAAGCACUGCUGCCUUGGCAGCUGCUGAUGAUUGGAUACUCACAUACCCUCCGGUAACAACACGUCAGUCUGGCAGACUUUCAAGUACAGGUGCUGGUAAUACGCUAGCAUUUCAACAUAAACUCACAAGUAGCGCUCACCGGUUCAAUUUGAUGGUUCAGGACUUUUUUGAGGACGUGGGACCGUUACUAAGUAUGCAAUUGGGAGGUCAAACAUUGGAAGGUUUGUUUCAAGUGUUCAACACAUACAUGAGUAUGCUCAUAAAAGCCUUACCUGGUUCGAUGGAGGAAGAAGCAGACUACGAGGGUUCUGGAAACAAAAUUGUUAGAAUGGCUGAGUCGGAGGCUCAACAAAUUGCAUUGCUUGCAAAUGCUUCGUUAUUAGCAGAUGAAUUACUUCCACGUGCAGCCAUGAAGUUGUCUCCUUUGAAUCAGGGUAAUAAUUAUGAUGAUCCACGUAGAAGAUCUUCAGAUAGGCAUAAUCGUCAUCCCGAGCAGAGAGAAUGGAAGAAACGGCUUGCUGGCUCAGUCGAUAGACUAAAAGAUACUUUUUGUCGACAGCACGCUCUUGAUCUCAUAUUUACGGAAGAUGGUGAAAGCCAUCUUACAGCAGAUAUGUACAUAAACAUGGAUGGAAAUGUAGAUGAGAUAGAUUGGUUUCCAUCGUUUAUAUUCCAGGAACUUUUCUUAAAGCUGAACAGAAUGGCUACCUUAGCAGCGGAUAUGUUUGUAGGCAGAGAAAGAUUUGCUACAUUGCUAUUAAUGAGAUUAACGGAAACGGUCAUCUUGUGGCUCUCAGAUGACCAAAGCUUUUGGGAUGACAUUGAGGAUGGUCCAAGGCCCCUUGGUCCUCUUGGCCUGCAACAGUUCUAUUUGGAUAUGAAGUUUGUUAUCUGCUUUGCUUCACAAGGCCGAUUUUUGUCUCGAAUUCUGAAUCGAGUUGUGGGUGAGAUCAUAUCAAAAGCAAUGGCAGCAUUUGUCUCAACAGGGAUGGAUCCCAAUAAUGUGCUACCGGAAGAUGAGUGGUUCAACGAAGUAUGCCAAGACGCAAUAGAAAGACUGAGCGGAAAACCGAAAGGCAUCAAUGGAGAACGCGAACUGAACAGCCCUACAGCAUCUGUAUCAGCUCAAUCGAUCUCGUCUGUUAGAUCUCAUGGAAGUUCAUGAGGGCUACAAUUUCCAUUGUAAAUUAAAAAGAAAUCACAUUAUUUUGUUGGCAAAAGCCUUGUAAUCAUCAUCAUCAUCAUUAGUAAGGAAUUUCUCCACUAUUUUUGGUCAUCUUUUAUUAUUGUCUUACUCUCUCUUUUGAUUCUUUUUUGAGAUAUUAUUGUCCAAGGUUUGAAAAUUGCAGUUCUAUGGUUACAAAUUAUAUUUAUUCUUUUAUGAGUGAAGAUUGAAGUGAGUUUUUAUA